AUGGUUCCAAUUGAGGAUCUUGAAAAGAAAAUUAAAUUGUAUGAAGCUCAACGAGCUCGUUCUUUUAGUCGGGUGCAAGCCAUUUAUGACUUAAUACCAGAUAUUUAUAAAAAUGAAACUAUUAAAAAACAAUUUUUGAGUAAAGUUCGUACCUUGGAACAGUUACGUUCUGAAUUUAAGGAAAUAGUAGAACAAAUUAAUUGGAUGAAUAUUGAAUUAAAUAAAGAUUUUGAACCUUCCUUUUCGAGUUUAGAUUCAUUUGAUGACUUAUACUGUGAAAUAAACCUGGUGUAUGAUCAGCUUUCUGCGUCAUCCCAGUCUUCUCAGGCACAGCCUUUAAAUGAAAAGGCUGUAACUGUAACGUCUAAUAGUAAUGAUUAUAUGAAGAUUCCCCGCAUCGAGUUACCAUUUUAUAAUGGCGAUAUACAGCAGUUCCCUUUCUUUUACGAAAGUUUCAAGCGUAUGAUACAUGAUAACAAUAAUUUAACAGAUUCUGAUAAAGUACAUUAUUUGUUUAAUCAAUUAACUGGUAAAGCCAGGUCUAUAAUUGUAGGCGUUGUACCUUCCGCGGAAAAUUAUUUAACAGUUUGGGAAACGUUAAAACUUAAAUAUUAUGAUAAACGUGAAUUGGGUACUUCUUAUUUGAAUCAGUUACUUUCAAUGAAACCUCUUGUUGGUGCUUCGGCACAAAAUCUGGAAGAUUUUAUUGAUAAGUUUGCAGCUACAAUUGCUGCCUUAAAUCAACUUAAGCUUGAAAAUGUAACUGAAUUUAUUUUUGUUCAUUUGGGUCUUAAGUUACUAGAUCCUGAUACUGCAAGAAGUUUCGAAAUGUCGAUUCGGAAUAAUAAUGGUAUGCCAGGUUAUGAGGAGUUCGUUCAUUUUGUGCGAGAACAUGUUAAAGUUCUCUAUCGAACCUCACAACCACGUCCUUCAAUUAAAAAUGAAAGAUUUGUUAGCAAAUCUACUAACAGUAAUCGCUUGCGUACCAAUCAUGCACAUGUUUCAACUGGUGAUCCUCGUUCUAAGUGUCUGUUUUGCAACAGUGCAGUUCAUGUAAAAAUUUCAAAUUGUGAUAAAUUCUUAAAAUUGAAUCCCAUUGAGAGGUAUCAAUAUGUAAAAGAUAAGAAGUUGUGUACUAAUUGUCUUAGUUCUCAACAUUGGUCUUCCCGCUGUACGUCACAGCAUGUUUGUAGUAAGUGUGACGGAAAGCAUCACACGAUUCUCCAUUUUAAUAAUAAGCCUCCAUCGCAAGCCACUGUGGCUCUUAGUAAUACUGAACCAUGUAUUAAUAAUAAAGUGAACAAUGGAGUUCAAUUUGAAAGUGAAGGUGAUCACCAAGUUUUAAAUAAUCAGGUAUCUUUGUGUACAAUGUCAACUGAAAAACGAGUUGUAUCUCCAACUACUGAAGUUUUGGGUACAGCAAAGGUUGUUGCUGCUUGUCGUAAUGGCAAAGAGAUUUUAAUUAGAGCUCUCCUUGAUCCUGGUUCGCAGAAAAAUUAUAUAUCUGCCAAGGGUGCUAGACGACUAGGCUUAUCUGUCAAUAAAAGUUUAUCAGCUUCAGUUAAAGGUAUUGGUGGUUCUACUCAAGUUGUAAAGGGUAGCGUUAAUUUUGUAUUUCGUUCCACACUUCAACAUGGGAAAAAGUAUUCUAUAGAAGCGCUUGUUUUAGAAAAUAUUACAUCUAGAUUGCCUACUUGCCCUAUAGAUAUUACUAAAAUAUCUGGAUUUGAGGGUAUUGCAUUAGCAGAUAAUUCGUGGAGCGUCCCUAAUGAAGUUGAUUUAUUAAUAGGUGUACAAUUGUUUACCAAUGUAUUAUUGCCGGGUAAGAUAGUUAAUGCCCCAGGCCAACCGAGUGCUAUCGAGACGACUUUAGGUUAUAUCGUUCUUGGUGAUGCUCCUAUUACGACAGUGUGUACUUCGUCUCUUAGUUUUUGUGCUACAUAUGAAGUCAAUAAUUUAAUAAAAAAGUUUUGGGAAAUUGAGGACUUAGGAAAUUCUCCUAUUCUCAGUCUAGAAGAUAAACAGGCUGAGGAUAUAUUUAAAUCAACUGUUAAGCGAACUAGCUACGGUCAAUAUGAAGUUGCUUUACCUUUUAAACUUGAUUCUGAAAAUUUAGGAAAUUCUUUGAAGGCUGCAGAGCGCAGUUAUUUACGAUUAGAAUCGAAGCUUCGUUCUCAACCAGCAGUUAAGUUGGCGUAUGAUGAGGUUAUUACUGACCACCUUAAAAAGGGAUACUUGUCUGAAGUAGAUAUUGUGCCUCAAGAGAAAGCAUAUUAUAUUCCUCACCGGGCUGUUAUUCGUGAGGAUAAGAUUACUACAAAAUUGAGAGUCGUUCUUAAUGCUAGUUUUCCUACUGACUCUGGUUUGUCUUUGAAUGAUAUUUUGCAUGCAGGCCCUAGUCUGCACGCGGAUUUGUUUUCUAUUUUAUUAAAUUUACGUUUGUUUCUAGUUGCUAUUUCGGCAGAUGUUCGUCAAAUGUAUUUAGCAAUCCAUGUUCGUGAAAAGGAUCGUCCAUUUCAGCGUAUUUUGUAUCGUUUUGAUUUUAAUGGACCAAUCAAGGUUUAUCAAUAUAACCGUGUUGCUUUCGGUUUGCGAUCCAGCCCUUUUUUGGCGUUACGUACUAUACAACAACUUUUGGAGGAUGAAGGCGAUCGUUUUCCUGUUGCCAAAGAAAUUGUUUCUCGUGAUAUUUUCAUGGACGAUAUCGUUAGUUCCAUUAUAAAUGAACAGAAAGCUAACGAUGCUGUGCGUGAGUUAAAUGAGCUCUUCACGGCUGGGGGAUUUGAAUUGGCAAAAUGGUCUUCCAAUUCAGAUCGUAUAUUACAGGAAAUACCUGAAGACAGGCAUUUGUCACAGAGUGUCUCAUUUGAUAGUGAUGAUGAUGACAAUACUUUCAAAAUCUUGGGACUACGUUGGGAUCCCAUCGAUGAUAAUUUUACCUUUCAGGUUAAUCAUGAUGAACGUCCAUGUACUAAACGACAUAUACUGUCAUAUAUUGCUCGGUUGUUUGAUGUUUUAGGGUUAGUGGCCCCUAUUGUACUUUUCGCUAAAUUAUUAAUUAAAGAUUUAUGGAUAGCAAAGAUUGAUUGGGACGAUUCUCCCCAGAAAAUAUUGUUAAAAAAUGGCAUCAGUUUCAACGUGAGUUGCCCCUAA